UUAAGUUGCCAGAGCAACUUGCUACUACCAUUGAUUUUUGCGAGAGCGUUUACUAGAUAUAUUAUUAGAAGUACAUUAUUUUAACUUAUGGUAGUUUAUAGAAUUGGGGUUUUGCCUUGUCAUAACAAAAAAUCAACAACAACAACAAUAGGCAGUUUUCGAUAUGGCAGUAGAUGUACUAUAGAAUACAAGUUUGGUUUAAAUCUGAAAAAAUUAUUAAACAAUACAAUAAAGAAAAUGCGGGCAGAUACUGCUCAACAAUUAGCUGCUAAUCAAAUUCACUGUCACACAGCGCCAAAUAGUGAUAAGGUUGUGGUCAUAUAGUUCCCAGCCCUUACAAGUUUUUAAUUAUACGACGAUCAUACAGCAUAUAUACAUUGGUAUGUAAAUGAACUACAUAUGUCGAUCGGGCUUACUCACGCCCCCCUUGAGCUUGCCCCGUUUCCUUUUGCUGAAAGCGCAUUCGAAGUCUGCGCAAAGCUGUCUGAUGAUCAAGAUCAGGGACUGCGGGUUAUAAGCCGUUUUUUUUUACUAAUUUCUCCAUCAAAUAGUGUUAUGCAGGAGAAAUAUUAAUAUCUUGGAGGAGUAUUUGCCAUUGUUGUGUCAACGCAGCGCGGGAUGCUGGUACUCUUCAAACAGUCAAGAUUACAGAUGUCUCGUUAUGAUCCCAGAAGAUUUCCUUUAUGAUGAAGACACCAAACGUUUGGAUCGAGCGUAUAUAGGAAGAAAGAAAAGGACAUGCAUUUCCAAAAAGCCUGAUAGGAAUUACAGCUUUCUAAAUGCGUCUUCUUAUCGAGCAGCCAAGAACAAUGAGCAGUGGUUCUAGCAACUUUCUGCUAGUUCCUAUACCGGAGUACCCUGCGUUAGACUGCGUGCCAAACAAAAAUGUUAAAAUAGUUGUUCUUGGAGCAAACAAUGUAGGAAAAACGGCUCUGAUUGUAAGAUUUCUUACUAAGAGAUUCAUAGGAGACUAUGAAGCCAACACAGGAGCCUUAUAUUCAAGAAAAAUUCAUUUGGAUGGCGAGCAAGUUUCCUUACAAGUGCAGGACACUCCAUGUGUCUCACUGCAGGAUAAUGCAGACGGUCUAUACUGUCAGGAACAGAUCAACCGCUCCAUUUACUGGGCCGAUGGUUACGUGCUCGUCUUCUCCAUCACUGACCUCAACAGCUACCGCACCAUCCAACCCUUAUACCAACAUGUGCGUCGAAUCCACCCCAGUGGUAACAUCCCCAUCAUCGUUGUGGGAAACAAGAGCGACCUGCUGCGCGCUCGACAGGUCCCAGCACACGAGGGUAAGGCACUGGCUGAUGAAUUGGGAGGACCCUACUUCGAGGCUUCGGCCAGGGAGAACCACGAGAGCGUUCAGGCUGCUUUUCUGCACCUGUGUCAGGAGGUGAGCCGAGCGCUGGGAGGAGGAAAUGGGGAGAAGAGAAAAGGAGGGUUACACCUUGCCAGGCCAAAGAGCCCAAACAUGCAAGAGUUAAAGAGAAGAUUUCGGCAAGUGCUGUCAUCCAAGGUGAAGUCGGCUACUGCAGUAUAAGUUACAAUUUUGUGACUGCAGAGGAUUCAGAAAGGUUUUUUUUUUAAGAACAACUUUCUGUUGCUCAAGCGUUUAAUAAGGUUGUGAAAUGCAAAACAUUGGAUCUAGCCAGCUGUGAGAACUCAUACAAGAUCCAACCUCUCUUUGGGUGACUCUUGGCACUACAUAGCCCUGUUUUUGAUUCAGCUGCUGUCAUUCAUACAGAUUUGUAAUUUUCCAGUAUUAUGAUAAAUUUUCAUGACUUAAUACAUAACAUGACUUUUGGUAGUAAAUGUAAUAUUCUUUCUUUUGACAUUGUCCUACUAUAUCAGUGAUGCAAGUAAAAACAGAUAGGAAGAUACUAACAAAAUAACAUCUACAAGUCAUUACAAAUAGCAGUCUAGGAUUGUCACGUGGCUUGAUUUUUUUUCUGAAAUGUUAUCCCAGAAAAGCCCCCAAAAUUUUGACAGUGUGCGACAUUAAUAAGCUAUGUUGUUUUGUAAUCAUAUUGGAUGUUCUUGACUGCUGGUUCCCAUGACAUUUGACCUGCUUAUGCUAUGUUGAAGAGCUUGAGUUUACUGUGAAGGUUCGUAGAGUGUCUCCUUCCCUUGUCCAGAUGUCCCAUUAGCCUACUCAAAUAGACGUUUGUUUAUCUCACAGCUUAGAUGUAGUUGCAUUCCUCUGAAGCAGGUUUGGGGAUUACUAACCUCCUAACUAACCUAUUGGUCAGGAAAGUGAGUGCAAGAAGCCAUUGACCUCUAACCCUUCACUUUUAAAAUAUAAACAUUUUCUUCUCUUUACCAAAAGGCCUAAUGAAAGGCAGCUUGUAAAAGAAUGUCCCCAGCCUUCUCCAAUAUCAGAAUUUGAGAGUAAAUGAUAUAAACAAUGUUUUAAUACUUUUUUUUCUAAAGUAAAAGACAGGUUUGUAGUAAAAUACAUAUGCUGUGCUGCUUUCUUUGGUGUGCUUUCUUACACUCUCAUUCCUUAAAACCCACAACCUUUUAUACAACCUUUUAAUUUGAAAGAUUUGUGUGUCAACCUAAAUUUCCUCAUAACGUUUCAAAUGUUACACUAGAGAAUGUAGAGAAUGACUCAAUUCUCUAUACUUUUUGGCCCCUAGCGGGUGUUAGAAGUUUCCAAAACUAUUUCAAUGUUUUGAAGCAAUUGUUAAGCAUUAGUUUUUGUCCCCGUUACGCCUAUUUGUUCAAAUCUAAUUCAGCUGGUGCCUCUUGAGGACCAAAUGUUCCACAUUUGUAGCAGUUUACUUCUUUGCAGAGAACAUAUAGUUUUAUAGUUCUUGAAUAUUUUUGGGAUGAGAAUGAGGUGUUUUUGUUCUGGACAUGCUUGGCCUGUAAUUUAACAACAAAGCCUGUUACACUGUCAGGAAAAAAGAUGACACUGGGGCAGAACCAUUUAAAAAUGGUCCUAAUAUGUACACUCUGUUGGUUUAACCCAUAGGUGGGUAAAUAUGAUUGAAAUACCCCAGCAUUUGGGUUAAAACAACCCAACACAGUUAGUUCUGUCCAGUAUUUACACAAGUAUGGGUUAAACUUAUCCUUUUUUUUAAGAGUGUAUUUAAGUACAAAGAUGUACCUUGGAGGUACUAACAUGAACUCUUUUGGGCGGUUUCCCGGACCAGGAUUAGCUUAAUCCAGGACUAAGCCUUAGUUUAAUUAGGAAAUAUAACUAGUUUUAACAAACAUGCCUUACUAAAAACAUUACCUGUGUGCAUUUUGAGGUAAAACAAAGGGUACUGAUGUAUUUUAAGAUAUGUCAGUGCAAGUUGUUUUCAGGAGAGCUCUUAAAAGUGUUUAAGUCUAGGACUAGUCUAAUCCCUGUCUGGGAAACCACCCCUUUAGGUACAAAUGUGUAUGCUUUUACUGCCCCAGUGACAGCUAUGGGACAAUUUGGUUCUGACAGAGUACUCAAAUGUGCUGAUAUUUACUGUUAUAGGAGACACAUGAAUACAUGAGAUGUAUGCUGUACUGUACACGCUUCUCUCUGACAUUAUGAUUAUUAAUGACUUCCUGGACUGCUUAAAUAAGAAAGACAAUAGAGUUGAUGUUAUCAACACGCUCAAAAAGAAGUAUGAUUGGUUGUUUGUCCUUACCAUCAAAAGUAUAGUUCAUUUGGGAAAGCUGGUCAAGGAAGUUCGAAUUCUCAUUAGAGGAGAAACAGCUGUGAUGUGAAACAGUUAUAAGACAUAUAUUUUCUCUUCUGAGCUCAUUAUGUUAUCACAACCACAGGAAGCAUGACCAGGACAAAUCCCAUAGGAAGACUGGGGGUUGAACAAGGGAAUGUGAAAGACAGAAUGAAAAAGUGAUGGAAGGAAGUGGGUGGAGAUUUAAGGGAAGACAACGCAGAGAAGAAAUGGAAGACACAUAAAAAAACCUAUACAUUUUAUAAUACAUCUUUAUUAUCUUUUAAAUUAUACUAUAAAUGUAACAAAUCUCAUUGUGGUUUAAGACUUGCCCUCAGCAGAAUCUGUCAGGCUGCAGUGUUAUAUGGUUUUAUUGUUUCUCCAGUACAUUUUGUAUCUGUAAGUAUGCCCUAUGGUACUACAUUUGUAAUUAUACUUUGCCUAAAAUCCAAGACUUAGUUUUAUACAAUACAUAACAGGAAAACCAUUUACCAAUGGAUCUUUGACUGCUGCUCUAAACUCAGUAAUUUCUAAAAUGACUUGAAUGGUUUUAUGUUUAAAUUUCUUGAUGUGUAGCAAACAAUUCUCCAGCUCUCAAGGACUGAAAUGGCCUUCACAAGAUGGCUAUCCACACCCCCAAUGUUUAACAGUCAAUGUGUCUAUUUGUCUUCUUUAAAUGUAAACCACCUGGAUGUAGACCACAUUCCACAGUAACUCCAGUGGUCCAGAUUUUCAUUGGGUUAUGCUUCACUGUGUGUUAACUAUGGAUAAUUGUGAUCUCUUAAUAGCAGUCCAUAAAACGUGAAUCAUUAAGAUUUUGUUUAA